AUGUGUCGCCACUGCUUCGACAACAAGCAUCGCGACGGCGCGCCUCCCAGCAUGCGAGCAAAGGAGGUCGCUCGCCGAAAAAUAGAAGAAACAGCUCGCUUGGAAAAGCUCAAAGCAGAUGAGAUAGCGGAAGAGGAAGAAGCAAUGAAGGAUCAUCGUUUCAUGACCCCAACAAGGUCACCAAGUAAGACGUUCGUCGAGGCUGCGCCUAGUCACGACGGCGCCCCGACCUUUGCCGCGUACCAGAUCCACGACGACACCCCUGAAUCCGACGCGGCCGCGCUCCGGGCUCUACGCACCUCAUUCGGCUUCGUCGUGUAUGAUACUACGGAGACUGCUCGUCCCGCCCGCAGUGCUCGGCUUGCCCACGCCUUAUUUGACCACACGCGCAUGAAUCGAGACACGAUACGCUACGGAGCAGAUUGUAUCGAGGUCGUCACGCUGCCCCUACUGAAUUCUUUCUCCAUGGACCGGCGCAUUGAGGCCUGCAUGCGCCACCAAGAUGCCGAGUACCAAAGUCGUUUGCGCAUCGCUGACAAGGCUGAGGCGGCCUCGUGGUUCCUCGCCGAGCGUAUCAUGGAUCCGCGACUCGCGCGUUGA